UCUAGUUCGCUCCGAUUGAAAAUGGUUAAACGAUUGUGUAUAUAUUACAUGCUGUGUCAAAGUCAAAACAGUUACAGACCAUUCUGCCAAGUGACGUGUGAUAUAUGAACAUCAGCAAAAAAAAUCUGCAACGAUGGAGAACAAGGGAACACGACUCUCUCCAAUUGAAAUGGCACAAUAUCGUGAGCGAUUGAUGCAUCAAAAACAAUUUUUAACUGACAUAUUAUCCAAGAUUGAGAAACAAAUACUUGCUUUACAGGUUGAGCGAUUACAUUUGAGAAAUUCUUUACUUGGAGCAAAAUGUCAGGGACAAGAAAUAUUGCCAGAUGUGUCAACAAAAAAUAAAUGUGUGAAGGUUGAGCCAGUAACAGAGGAUUCUAGUGAUUUAACACAACAAAAAUUAGAUUUAUCCAUAGCACCAUCUCUAAAUGAUGAAGAACUUGAAGACGAUGACCUUGACUUUUUAGCAUCCCCUUAACAUUCCUAAGUUUAGAUUUAUUACAAAUUAUUAAUGCUAUAUUAAUGCUAUGAAAAGAUUAAUUAUAAUUAUACUUUAACAUGUAUAUAUACUUUAUAUGAAUGUAAAGUAAUAAUUUAUAAUUUAUAAUAAAAUGCACCAUAAAGAUCUGAUUUUUGUGAAUUCACUUUUGUUAUUUAUAUUUUAUAAGUAUUUACAGGAUGUAUUCUUACACAAAGUAUCAUGUUUGAUAUCUCAAUCUAAUUAGAAGAUUGAAAGGAAUAUAAUGACAAGUAAGAAAACAAAAUAUUAAAUCUAAGAUCUUCAGGCUGCAUACAAAUUUAACACUGGCAAAAAGAGACGCUCAA